AGUCGUGUAAAAGAAUAUUGAAUAUUAUCCACUUUUUCGUCGAUCUGUGGGUGUUUUUUUCUUUUCGGCCGUAAUUUUUUUUAUAAUUAUUCGAAGAUACACAGUAAUUUUAAAACUAUGAAUCUGACAGUUUUUUAGAAAUAGUCAACAAUUAAAUUUUCAAGUGUCUCACACUAGCUUAUUUCAUCGUCAUUGAAGUUGAGUUAUUGGUUUAAAAACUGUAAUCAACAUUCAAAAUGACGUUUUUUGGACUUGGUCAAACAGCUGAAGUAGAAAUAAUUUUAGAUCGUCCAGAUGGUAAAAAAAAACUAGAUGAAAAUAGUAAAAAGGAUCAAAGUUUAAUAUAUUUUGAUGGCGAAACAGUUUCUGGAAAAGUAAAUGUAGUUUUAAAGAAGUCAAGUAGUCGUUUGGAGCAUCAGGGUAUAAAAGUAGAAUUUAUUGGUCAAAUAGAAAUGUAUUAUGAUCGAGGUAAUCAUCAUGAGUUUACAUCCCUAGUAAAAGAAUUAGCUAGGCCAGGAGAAAUGUUACAAAAUACUUCAUACAAUUUUGAGUUUUUAAAUGUAGAAAAACCAUACGAAACUUAUACUGGUUCUAAUGUUAGACUAAGAUACUUUUUACGAGUUACCAUUAUUCGAAGAAUUUAUGACAUAGUGAAGGAAAUGGAUAUUGUUGUUCAUACAUUAUCGUCAUACCCUGAUAUGAACAAUAGUAUAAAAAUGGAGGUUGGAAUAGAAGAUUGCUUACAUAUUGAAUUUGAAUAUAACAAGUGCAAAUAUCAUUUAAAAGAUGUUAUAGUUGGAAAAAUUUAUUUUCUGUUGGUAAGAAUAAAGAUUAAACACAUGGAAAUUGCAAUUAUUAAACGUGAAACUACUGGUUCAGGUCCUAAUACUUUUAAUGAAAAUGAAACAAUUGCUAAGUAUGAAAUAAUGGAUGGGGCACCAGUACGAGGAGAGAGUAUUCCUAUUAGAGUAUUUCUAGCAGGAUAUGAUUUAACCCCAACAAUGAGAGAUGUCAACAAGAGAUUUUCAGUGAGAUAUUUCUUAAACUUAGUUUUAAUGGAUGAAGAAGAUAGACGCUAUUUUAAACAACAAGAAAUAACUUUAUGGCGAAAAGGAGAAAAAAAUAUUAAAGGAAUACAAAGUCGUAAUGAACCAUCACAUCUAGUAUCUGGUAAAGAUGGUCCCAAGGGUAGUGAAACUCCAAGAACUACUUCACAAUCAAUUCCGCCUUCUGGCUCAUUUGACAACACAGAUUCUGAAAAUAGUCAAAAUUAUUCUUCUCCCACUAUUGAAGGUGUUGAACACCAAAACCAAUCUUCAGUUGAAGAUAGUAUAAGUGAUUAAAAAUAUAAAUGUUGUUAUUUAUUUAAUGUUAAAAGGAAUUGCCAUUUAUAGAGAUUUCAAUUUUCAUUUAAUAAAUAAUAUAGUGUUCUUUCACUGACAAAACAAUAGUAACACAAGAGAUUUUUAUCAAUCCUAUUAUUUUGGAAUUUAUUCAUUUAUAUAUUAUUUAUGUUAUCUGUUUAUUUAUAAUUAUUUGUUUUAAGUUAA